CCCAUCCCUUCACCAUGAUCCAAUAAUAUUGUAUAACCCUCUCUCCUACAUCAGGCCGGUCACUGUUCCAUGACCCCCUUAAAAAUGCCAGAUUGCAUGUUUACCAAAAGCUCAGAAAGCAAACAUAUUGCUUCAUGCAAGAGUGUGCCUCGGCUCAGCUAUAUACACCAAAACAAAAACAGUUUUGAGGAGAAAAUCUCCUUUAUUUGCAUUUCGCACGGCCUGUGGUACCUACAGGAUCAUUUGCACAAUCCUGUCAGUAUUGUGAGAAAAGUUACUAGUGAAGGUGUGCAUGCCAAAUCAUCAUCGCUGUCGUCUCUUCCUGUUAUAAUAUUCUGUUCAUCGUCAAAUCUCGAGAUCGGUUUGACGUCAUUUAUUGAUAGCUCGACAUCAUCAUGGGGCAUCUCAGAUCAGUCAUCUCUCUGUUGAUUCUUUCGUGUAUGAUAGCACCGUCUCUACAAUGCAUUCAUCUCUUUAAACCACAAGUUACGGUUACUCCAUGCAGCAGUGAACCAUGUCUGAACGGUGCAGAAUGUUUUGAUGAUGAGGUGGAUCACUACGCAUGUGUUUGUCCCACCGGAUUCACAGGAACUAACUGCGAGAUUGAAAACUCGUGUUCCUCAAACCCGUGUCUGAAUGGCGCAUGUUCACCUCUAGAGGAAGGUUUUACGUGCCAGUGUGAGCCCGGAUACAGAGGCGUCAACUGCCAAAUCGCUGAUCCUUGCUUUUCGAACCCAUGUCUGAAUGACGGAGAGUGUGCCGCGGAUAAUGACGGGGGAGCCUAUACCUGUUAUUGUGAGGAUGCUUUCACAGGCGUGAACUGCGAAACUCCUAUUGUGUGCCCUAACAAUAUGGUCUUUAACCAAUGCGCUUUGUUCUGCGGCCCAGCUCGUUGCGGAGUCGUGACCGAAGAGUGCAUCGCUAUAUGUGAUCCCAAAUGUGACUGCCCUCAUACCACGAUGCUAUGCCCUGAACAGAUGCUACCUCUGGAUACAUGUGUGUCUAACUGCACCGAAUGUUACGAUCAGCCAUGAGAAUAUCAUGUUAUCCCGAUCUACCAAAUAAUUAAUAAAUUAUGUUAAUUCAUGAAAGUAUUGUAGAAUGACAUGAAGCAGAACUUGUAUAUUUAGAAGAGGCUUAUAGUUAUGUAGGUCUUAAUUGAUUAUCGAUGAUCAUACUACAAACGUACAACGAAAUUGGAAAUAAGAUUUAAGUAAUGUUUUUUUUUACUAUCCAAUAACAUUUAUAGUGCAAGGAAAUGACGUGAUAAAACCCACAAUUUCAAAAAAUUAUGGGACGUCAUGACUUGUGAUAAUAAUUUAGCCAACUUUGGAAACACGCUUAUAACUACCUCAUUUUAUAUCAUGAUCGAGUUAAUCGAUGGGUCUACCAUUUCAUUAUCUAUUAAGGACCUUUCGUAAUAUUCUUUAUGCACUGUAUCUUACAUUCAUGAAUUUGACCGAAUAUUCUUAUGCACAACUAACCAAUAUGUUUUCUCUAAUUUUCAAGAAAGAUCAGUUUAGACAAUAUGCCAACUAAUUAGGCACCAAUCUGUAAGCAGUGAAGUUGGUCGGGAAUGUAAGAAAAUAAAGAGAUAACUUAUUUUAAAAAAAACUUUCUGCGUAUUCGUAAUAUCCUUAGACGAUAUAUCUUACAGCUAAUUUCGUCCUAUAUAGGGCGGACAUAAUGGUAAUACAACUAACCUAAAAAUCAUCCAAGGUUGAUAAUCAAAGAGUCCAGAUGACCCUUUUUAUGAUUGUAUUAUAUAUCUCUUUGUAUCGAUAUUGGCAAGCAUACAUCCGAAAUAUAUAUCUGGAAUUGAA